CGGAGGGCGGGCGGGAGCGUGACCUUUGACCCCGCGUUUGCCAAAAGUUGAUUUUUGGGGGCGGUUUUGGGGGUUUUUUGUUUUUUUUUUCCCCCCCCUCCAACGUCCGGCGAUGGUGACCCCGGAGGUCGGGUCGUUGGACUGCUUGUCGCUGCGGGGGCUGCUGCGGGAGCGCGGGGCGCCCUGCCUGCUGCUCGACUGCCGCUCGUUCUUCGCCUACAGCGCGGCGCACGUGUCGGGGUCGGUGCACGUGCGGGUGAGCGGCCUGGUCCGCCGCCGGGCCAAGGGGGCCGUGGGCCUCGACCACAUCCUGCCCAGCGAGGAGCUGCGGGCCCGCCUGCUGGCCGGCGCCUACCGGGCCGUCGUGCUGCUCGACGAGCGGGGAGGACAGCCCGACCGGGCCCGGAGGGGGGACAGCACCCUCGUCCUGGCCGCGCACGCCCUGGCCCGCGAAGCCCGAGCCGCACGUCUCAGCGUCCUGCAAGGCGGCUUCGAAGCCUUCGCCGCGGCCUGCCCCGAGCUCUGCACCAAGCCGGCCGCCCCCCUGACUCUCACCCUGCCCCUCAGCGCCCACGGCCCGGGCAGUGCCAGCCCCACCCGCAGCCCCUGUGGCACCCCUCUCUGCGACCAGGGUGGUCCGGUGGAGAUCCUCCCCUUUCUGUACUUGGGCAGUGCCUACCAUGCUUCCAGGAAGGAUAUGUUGGAUGCCCUGGGCAUCACGGCCCUCAUCAACGUCUCCGCCAACUGCCCAGACCACUUCGAGGAUCACUAUCAGUACAAAAGGAUCCCUGUGGAGGACAGCCAUAAAGCUGACAUAAGCUCCUGGUUCAACGAAGCCAUUGACUUCAUAGACUCGGUGAAGAAUGCCGGAGGAAGAGUGUUUGUCCACUGCCAGGCGGGCAUCUCCCGCUCCGCCACCAUCUGCCUUGCCUACCUCAUGAGGACCAAUCGGGUCAAACUGGACGAGGCCUUUGAGUUCGUGAAGCAGAGGCGAAGCAUCAUUUCCCCCAACUUCAGCUUCAUGGGGCAGUUGCUGCAGUUCGAAUCCCAGGUCCUGGCCCCCCACUGCUCCGCGGAAGUCGGAAGUCCCGCCUUGGCUGCGCUAGACCGGGGGGCUUCCACCACCACUGUCUUCAACUUCCCGGUCUCCAUCCCCGUCCACCCGGCGGCCAGCGCUCUAAGCUACCUUCAGAGUCCGAUCACUACUUCCCCCAGCUGCUGAGAGGCCUGGAAAAGUUGUUUCGAAACCCUCCGGGGCUUGAGACUUGGGUUUGUCUAAGACAAAGUGCAAUAACUUUUGGAAGGUGUAAUCUUCGAUAUCCUUUGGCAUUCCACCCGGCCCCGCGCUUGGGGCUUCUGAACCACAGAGUAAUAACGUGUCACGGGAGAUGUCGGACACUGGACACUGCCUUGACGCCGGACGGUGGGCAUCUCUCCCGUCCGCUAAAACUCCUAGUGGGUGUGGGACCGGUGUUGGCUGGCACACCACGGGGUAUGGAGAAGGGACCCAGAGGAUGCAAAGACACUGCUCACCUGGUGAGCUCUUCCCUUUUGUCUUCUACCUUCCCUCUCUACCUUCCCUUCCCUCCCCACCCGUCUCUCCGCCGCCCCUCCAUCCUUAAGAAACCCGCUCCUUGUGUUUGACGAACCCGCCGCCGUUGACAUUCCUGGACAUUCUGGAGGCGGGUUCUUCCUUCCUUAAUGGCUUUUAUAUAUAUAAUAAGGAAACUUCCAUUAUUUAUUUUUUGUGUAAAUAUAUUCUGCCUUUACCAGCCUCUCUCCACCCCCUGAUAAACCAAAUACCUCAGUUUUUUUUUUUCUCUCGAGUACCGCGAUCCUGUAAACACAGCUUAAACCCAUACUCUCCAUGCUGACGGAAAAGCACCUGGCGAGAGGGCUUUGAGUGGUCAACAGUUGUAUGUUUAUUUAUGACCUGAAAUAAUAUAUUUCUUCUAACAAGAAGACAUUUUGUUACAUAACUGACUUUUUUUUUUUAUACAAGCAGAAUAAAUUAUGACAUUUCUAUUGCCA